AUGAGACGCAGCACCUACCGCCAAGGCUUAAAGGAAUACAUCAAUAUCACCCAAUGCGAAAAGGAGAAUGAGAACGUGGUGGACAAAAUACAAAAUAAAGUUAAGAGAUUUGCAAACUCCAAAUUGGCAAAAUGCCUUGCAUUGGGCAACAUAAUAGUCGAUUCCCCGGAUACACCAAGACUUUUUGCAUUUGCCAAAAUGCACAAAAUGGGCCAACAAUUACGUCCAAUAGUCGAUAAAAUCAGAGCUCCCACAAGAAAAUUGGAGAAAGCCAUUCACAACCUACUUUCUCCCCACCUCAAGGGCUACCAGUAUACCAUCGAUAACCCAGUUGAGCUCAUCCACCUCCUUCGGGUUUUGUCUUCGACGCCGCAGUAUAUUACCGUGCUAGACUUUAAAUCUAUGUACCCAUCGGUGGAGCUCCCUCCAGCUUUUUGCUCCCUUAGGGACAUUUUGCUUAAUUUGACUCAAGAACAAGCAUUACACCAGCAAGUCAUUGAAUUAGCCAAUCUGAUCUGUUAUAAUUCUAUCUUUGCAUUUGACAAAGAAGUCUACAAACAAAAAAGAGGAGUCCCCAUGGGUAGCCCAGUAUCCGGGGACCUAUGCGAAAUGGUCGUUAGGCAACUUGAACGGAAAAUACUUCCACUGUUCCUCCCGAACAUCUUACUCUAUAGAAGGUAUGUGGACGACAUCCUCAUCAUGUGGAAGACAAUACCUGACAUCUCAAAUUUCAUACAAACCGUUAACGAUAAUCCCUACGGCCUAACGCUGGAAAUGGAACAAUCUAGCAAUACUGAGGUCCAUUUUUUGGAUAUAAACAUUAAAGUAGAAGGAUCCACCAUCGUCACGUCGGUAUACCGUAAACCUUAUGCCGCCUCUAUAUACAUACCGGUAGGUUCAUCCAACCCAUUCACCUACAAGGCUGCAGCAUUUAAUACUUUGAUUAAAAGGGCCUUUUCCCACUCGUCCACCACGCAAGCCCUCAACACCGAAUUGAAUUAUAUCAAGAGGAUAGCAGCCAAGCACGGUUACCAUGGUCUAACACACAAUCUAAUUGAGCAACAUCAACGCUCACAAUACGCACCCACUACGAGUACAAAGACCAACACUGACCAGGAUGAACGUACACGCCUCCCAGUCACCUUUAACCCAUAUGUUAAAGCAAUAUACGCUGAGAUCACCGGAAAACAACAAUUACAAAUAGCCUAUAGAAGAUGCCCAACAAUCUACGACAUCCUCAGAAAUGGAAAAGGCAGUCCAGUUCGUAGCAGGCUUCCUGGCGUGCACUCUAUCCCGCUGAAAGAUAACAGAUGUAACGAGAACCUUGUCUAUAUCGGCUCAACCAAGCGAUCUUUAAAUACCAGAGUGCAAGAACAUCAAGCAGACCUUCGGCAUGGGCGGUACACCACGGCCCUAACCACCUUUGCAUCUGAUUCCGAUAUAGAACCGGAGUUCGACAAAGCCGACAUCAUCGACACUACGCCCCACCUGGAACAACUAAAAUGGCGGGAAGCUAUAUCCAUCUGUAAGGCUAACCACCGGACCACAUGUAUAAAUCGGAAGGAUGAGAUAAAUCUUUCUAUAGCGUGGCAGGCCCUCAUAAACAACGAUCUAUAA